AUGGGUCAUUUCGACGACGUGGACUUUCUUUGUAUCAAUGAUGGCAACAUUUUCUUCCGAGACCAUUGUGAAUACGCUGACAAGAUUGAAGGAAUUCUUAUAUUCACUCGGAAGAGCUCUAUGUAUUCUUUCCUGCUCGACGUGUAUAAAUAUGGAAGUGCAAUCGCACUACAGAGAAGAAAGAGGCCAAAGCUCUACCUCUAUGCAGACACCUACCUCUGGGACUUUGUUCCAGAUUCAACAACCCUUAAUGAAGUGCAACACAUAUUUGACUCGGAAGUCAAGGGUCUACAGGGGCUUGGAUUUGAUCUCCAUGAAUCCCUAGAAUCAGGACUAAUGUAUAAUAUACCAUACAAGGCUCAGCUAUACAUUUUACAACAAAUUAUUGAAUGGGGAGGAGCGUGGACUAAUGCUUCUAAAAAUAACUGGCAAGGCAUAACUAAACCGUCAGUCCAGGCCUCAUCUAUGCUGUUUUUCUUUUUAAAAAUCUGGGCAGAUCCUCAAUACAGCCACUCCAUAGGAAUGACCGAGGAUCCCGACAAGGACAUACUUUUUCAAUUUCUUGAAAAAUAUGCUGUUGAUGUAUUCAAAUACGAAUGUCUUCUUUACGGAGUUAAUUUAUUUAAGGAUGCGGUAGUUGGUAAUGGCAAAAAAUGGCUCCGCGAAAAGUACCUAAAGUUCAAAGAAUACCUUAAUAACCCAGACAAUACUUUUGACGGUGACCUCAGAGGUCAUGUCGCUGAAUCCAACGCAAGCUAUUGGCUUCUCAAACAAUACAUUAAAGCACUGGAGCCCAUGCUAAUGUCCCAAACAACAUCUGUUCUAGUUACCAAUAAGCCCCCUAAACCCCUUUGCCACGAUGAAUUGUGA